ACUUAGUGUAAGGAUCAUGAAGACCAUAGUGUAGAUUCAAUGGACAAAUCGAACGCCAGAUUUCCACGUGACCUGUCUUUUUACACCUGAACCUGUAAUGGUUGAUUGAUUUCACGUUAAUAUGGAUUAAAGUAAAGUAAGAUGUAACUAAUCAUGUGGCUUGCAAGGCUGUGUAUUAUUCUUGGGACGGUUUUGUUAGUAAGAGCCCAAACCGUUUUCUACAAUUGUCCAGAUGGCUGGGUGACAGAUCUACCAAACAAAAGAUGUUAUAAUUUCGUUUUUUAUCCGAAAUUGCCAUAUGUGUUGGCAGCAAAAUCAUGUGCUGAAUCAUUCUCCACUUUAGUCAGUGUUACAACAAGUACUGAACAUAGUUUUAUUAAUGAGUAUCUCAUUUCACACGAUAUAAAUAGGUAUGAAUGGUAUUCAAGUGGAAGGAAAGAACUUAAUAAUGAAUAUUUAUGGGAAGGGGAAGGUGUUACACUGAGGGAUGUGAAUCCAGUCAUUAACUUCUGGAUGGCUGGGUACCAGUUUGUGCCACACGAUAGAUUGAUAUAUAAAUUUGAUAUUACUCAAAAUGGUUACAGAUGGUAUAUAGGUGAAGACACUAUAAAAAGAUCUUACAUCUGUGAAAUAGGUCAGGAAGAGGCCUACAGGGUACUUGUACAGAGGAGAGAUUUUACUUUUGGAACACCAUACCUAAAUCUAGAUGAAACGGCUAGUGGUCCAACCUUUGACCCUGAUGGCGUGCCAGAAAAUAUUUGGUUUCUUAAAUCAGCAAAGUCACUAUAUUUAGAAUGUUUAGCUAUAGGUCAUCCACAGCCUACAUACAGAUGGCUUAGAGGCCCAACCUUGGAACAAAUUUCUGAAGAGGUAAAAACUGCAACUGAUAGUAGAUACACACUUACUAAUGGUAAACUGUCAAUACAAAAUCCUGAUGAUAGAGAUUCCAAAUAUUAUAGAUGUGAAGCAAGUAAUUCACAAGGGAAAAUCAUCAGUAAUUAUGCACAGCUAGCAAUAGGAACCUUGGGUGAAUUUCCAAACUACUCUGAUGCCCCAGUUACCGCCUAUGCCAAUGAGGGAGCAGUAAUUCUUUGUAGUAAAAUUAAUUUUGAACCAUCUGCUGUAUAUAAUUGGGAGAGGGCUGGCGUUACUGGAGGCUCUCCAGCAGAUAUUUUUUCAGAAAACACAAAUUACAUCUUUUUAUCAGCUAAUGGAAGAUUGUAUUUCUCAGAAGUUACACGUAACGAUGAGGGGGACUAUUAUUGUCGUGUAUCAUUAUCAGGAAUAUCUGAAUCCGUGGUAGGAACUGCACAGCCACCUAGUGCUAUCAGCCGACCAAUCAAGUUGGAAGUUAAACAACAAGCUGCUAAAAAUGACUGGGGUCCAAUCUUCCAGGAUGAUUUUAUAAAUGUAUUCCCAAAUCCACCAAUCAGAGGACAAGAUGUUAGACUGGAAUGUUUUGCCUAUGGAUCUGCCGUUGAUUACAAAAACAAUUGGAAUUAUAUUUGGUCCAGAAAGGGUGGUAUCCCUUCUAAGGUUAAAUAUGGUGACCUUAACCGAGUACUCAUUUUGGAGAAUGCACAAGCAGAGGAUGAAGGAUUAUACACAUGUCUUGUAACGAGAGGAUCAAGUUCAAAAAGCAAAGAUUUUCAACUUGUACUGAACACAAAGCCAUACUUUUUGAUGCCUCUGAAGCACCAACAUGUAGACAUCGGCACUCAUAUUUCCUGGCAAUGUCUAGCUGACGGCAACCCAACACCUGAGUACAGCUGGUAUCGUAAUGGUACAAUGAUCCUAGCUAAUGACCCUCGUGUAACUAUCAAAAGGAAUGUACUUACUAUAGAUAAUACUAACCCGGAAUUACAUAGUGGAAUGUAUCAGUGUGGAGCUACUAACAUCCUUGGUCAAGUAUUAAGUUCUGCUCAGCUAAGAGUGUUGGCAUUUGCUCCUUCCUUCACAAAGAAUCCUCUGCCACAAAGUUUAGCUGGCGCUAUUCGUGGAAAUAUUUCAAUACCGUGUCAACCUGAAGCUUCUCCAAGGCCUUCCAUUAGAUGGGCAAAACAAGAUAGGUUUGGAAACUUGCAAGACUUGCCUGUAACAGUGAUGACUGGGACUGUUGUAGAUAACACAGUUCAUUAUAGAAUGAACUUGAAUGGAGACCUUAUUAUUACAAAUAUAGGGAAUGAAGAUCAAGGGACUUUCAUUUGUAUUGCUACAAAUGAUUUAGGUGAAGACCAAAGUUCUUGUCAACUCUCAGUACAAGAAGGAACAACAUUAUUCAGAACACCAAACAAGUUUUAUGUAAAUUAUGUCCAGAAUGACACUGUGUUUAUAAACUGUGAAGCAUCUUAUGAUCCUGAUCUUGAUCUUAUUUAUGUUUGGAAAUUCAAUGGAAAAAGAAUAGAUAUGGAAGAGGAGGCUUAUUUCUUUACACAAUCUUUCAAUCCAGUAGGAUUGUACAUCAAACCAUUACAAUACUAUCACGAAGGGGAAUAUGAGUGUACAGCACUUACACCACUUAACUCCGUGAGUGCAGCAGGGGUAGUAGAAGUUCAAGGUGUACCAGAAGCUCCGUCAGGAUUGUAUGGAGACAGUGGAAGGGUUACCACAAAUAGUAUCAUUUUUUAUUGGACUACUGGCAAUGACCGUGGAAAUACAGUUUUGGAGUACGAAGUGAUAUAUAAUGUUGACUCUGAGCCAGGACAGUGGUACCAUGCUACAACAGGCAUAAAUAAGAUACUUCAUGCAGAUACAUUAAUUGUUGGUAGUCUAGAUACAAGGAAAAGAACAUAUGAGCUGAAAGGACUUCUGCCAGGCAAUAAUUACAGAUUUAAAAUAAGAGCCAAAAAUAUCAAAGGAUGGGGCCAAUUCAGUUUAAAAUCUGCUUAUUACCAGACCCUGAUGGCUGCUCCAUCAGUGCAUCCUGAUUUCAUGAAUAUAACUGGAGGAGGGGGUAGUGUUGGUGAUCUGACCAUCAAAUGGAAUCCCUUACCCCAGAAAUACCAUGGAGGUACUGGAUUAUAUUACAGACUGUAUUGGAGAACAGAUACCACGCAAGUUUGGAUUGGACACAAUGUAUUAUCCCAACCAGAUGACCUGGCUAAAGGUCAACUAUAUUAUGUCCAGCUUGUUGGAAAAGAUAAUUUCUAUCUGCCAUAUUAUGUCAUGAUUCAGGCACGUAAUGCAUAUGGAAACGGACAGAAUUCUACUGCAAGGAUCAUUUAUUCAGCUGAAGGAAUGCCUAUUCCAGCACCAAAGAUUCAAGGAUGUUCAGCUAUUAAUUCAACAGCUAUGGAUGUCUAUUGGACACCUAUUGAAAAUACAAGACUGAAUAUAAAAGGCAAAAUUGCAGGUUUUCAGGUCAAUUACUGGCUCAGACCAUCUGGAGGGGAAAUAUUGCCAGUCUAUAAACAGUUUAUAAGAUUCAGUACAAGGGAUGGUAUUGUUCCUACCCAUGGAAUUGUCAUUGGAAUAACACCAAAUGCAUUCUCUACAUUUGAUGUCCAAGUCUUCAACACAGCCGGACUUGGACCUAAAUCAGACUCUUACCCUUGUGAAACUGCAAAUUUAGCUACUAUUCUUUAUCCAACAGAAGUAACAGUGCAUCCUUUUGACUCAACCUCUGUUCAAAUCACAUGGAGAGGUGUACUCAUAACAACCGAUGAAGCUACAGUCAUAGGAUACAAGAUUUUCCUGUGGCCAUCAAACGAAAAUUUCAGAUCAGCAUUUGAAUACAUGGCUGAUUUUACGCCAACAAAAUAUAAAUUAUCAAACUUAGAAGCUGGUGUGGUGUAUUCUAUCAGGAUAUCGGCUUUUAGUGAUGCUGGAGAUGGACAAAAAUCUGCAACUGUUUAUUUUGCUAUAGCUGGAGGUGCAACAUUGAUAGACCAGACAGUUACAGAGUUUUCCUACCUGGCAGCUUCAUCAAUCUCAUCAUCCAUAAUCUUAGUUCUACUGGCUUCCAUUUUAGUGCUUAUGUUGUCAUAACAACACAUUUGAUCAUUUAGAGACAGUUAAGACUAUAAAUGAAUAUUUGUACAAUACUAUAGGUUUAUAAAUGAAUUUUAAACACAUAAUUGAUAUUUAAGAACCAGUGUCUCUUUUUACAUAAAAUCUUACAUGUAAAAUUACACACAAGUCACCGUUGGUUUUUCCGUUUGAAUGGUUUUACACUAGUAAUUUUUUGGGGCCCUUUAUAGCUUGCUGUUCGGUGUGAGCCAAUGCUCCGUGUUGAAGGCCGUACCUUGACCUAUAAUGGUUUACUUUUAUAAAUUGUAACUUGGAUGGAGAGUUGUCUCAUUGGCACUCAUACCACAUCUUCCUAUAUCUAUGAACAUUUCUUAUAAAGUACAAUAAUUAAUCACAAAAUUUUUUUCUGAAAAGAGUUGCAGAAAUGAUGUUAUUAAAUAUCGGCUUUCACAUAAAUUUUUAUUUUCACCAAAAUACCAUGUUUAUGUGUUUUUACCAAAGAGAUUAAUUUGUGAACUGUUACCAUAGUAAGAGUUUAUUUUAUUAAGAAUAUAAAGAUACAGAGGAUCUUUAAUGACUUAUUUUGUUAUGAAUAUUUGUUAUGCAGUAUUUUACACCUUAUUAUACCCUACGCAAUGAGUUGCGGAGGGUAUAAUGUUUUUUGACCCGUCCGUCUGUCCGUCUGUCAGUACGUCAGUCCUGUUUCUUGUCAUCGCAACUCCUCUCAAACCACACAACAGAAUUUCACGAAACCUUUUUAGAUAAUAAGGACAUACUAAGUAGUUGUGCAUAUCAACAGGAAAUUACGAUUCAAUUUUUUUUCUAGGAGUUACGCCCCUUUGAACUUAUUUGCUUCAAUAUACCUCUGCAACAGUUUGUCAUCGCAACUCCUCUGAAACCACACAACAGAAUUUCAUGAAACUUUGUAGAUAAUAAGGACAUACUAGGUAGAUGUGCAUAUCGACAGGAAAUUAUGAUUCAAAUUGUCUAGGAGUUACGCCCCUUUGAACUUAUUUGCUUCAAUAUACCUCUGCAACAGUUUGUCAUCCCAACUCCUCGGAAACCACACAACAGAAUUUCAUGAAACUUUGUAGAUAAUAAGGACAUACUAGGUAGAUGUGCAUAUCGACAGGAAAUUAUGAUUCAAUUUUUUUUUCUAAUACAAUUAUUUUUUCUUACAGUUAUUUUAUUUCUCCAGUGACAAUGUGGGGAAGUGGGGUAUGUGAGCCCGCUCACUAAGGUUCUUUAAUUUUGAUGUUAUUUCGUAUCUUUAGUGUAUUAUACUGUAUGCAUAACGUUUGUUUUUGAUCUUUUAGAAAAAUUUUGUAAACAAAAUUUGAAAUAGACAAGUGUUGAGUUCUCCUGUAUUAUUGAUCUCAGUAUCAAAGUUGUUUUUGUUUAAUUUUACUUUAUAAAUUGAACUGCUAGAAAUCCAUUUACUAUGUUAGAUAUAAUGCAGAAUAUGUUUGUGACUUAGCUGGGAUCACACCAUAACUAUUUCCAUACUGAUUAUUUAGUUAUAUUUAUUAGGAGACUGUACUAUAUGUUUUGAUUUUUGUAGAUGGAAAUAUGUAAAAUUUACUAAUUUUCACGAUUUUAAAAUGAAAGUGCUAUAUUUAAUUUUAAAAACAAGUAGUUUAGUGUCUUGAAAUUAUAUUUAUGUUUUUAAAUAUUCCAGGAAAUACUGAAUUAUUAUGGAGAUAAUUUUUACUAACAUAGGAAGAUUUUUUAUUCCAGUUUUAUUUUAUUUGGAAAGAAAUCCAACAAUUUGUGUAUAUAUAUAUAUAUAAUAUAUAUAUGUAUACAAACAAUUAAUAUACAUUGCUUCAGAAUACCUACCAUAAUUUCAUUGUAAAAGUAUCAUACUAUCAUUAUAUUUGCAAUAUUUUUACAAUAAAAUUAUUUAUUAUCAA